UUGGGGUCCACAUUUUUGUUCUGCUUCUGCACUUCUGCUCAUUCCGAAGCCUUCGCCGCGUCUCGCCGGCGUACGCCGCAGGCGCCCCACCUCCUCCGGCGAGCCAGCUCGGAGCUAGACGCCUGCCCUCCCCACUCUCGCCGGCGGUGGGCGCGCGGGUGGAGCCCCUGCGUUGGCCGGACGGCGGGAGGAGAUGACGGUGGCGGCGGGGUUAGGGUACGCGCUGGUCGCGCUGGGCCCCGCCUUCUCCCUCUUCGCCGGCGUCGUCGCCAGGAAGCCCUUCCUCGUCCUCACCCUUCUCACCAGCACUUUAUUCUGGCUUAUAAGUUUGAUAAUUCUCUCGGGAAUAUGGAGGGUAUUUCUCCCUAUAAGAUCAGGAGCUUGGUGGCCGUAUGCAAUUCUUAUCCUUACAUCUGUUGCAUUUCAAGAAGGCAUUCGUCUUGUCUUUUGGAGGCUUUACAAGAAAAUGGAAGAGAUGCUGGAUUCCUUUGCUGAUAGAAUAUCUAAACCGCGCCUCUGUUUGACAGACAAGAUGCUAAUAUCGUUGGCUGGUGGUUUAGGCCAUGGAGUGGCUCAUGCCGUCUUUUUCUGCCUCAGCCUUUUAACUCCAGCAUUCGGCAGAGCUACAUUUUAUGUUGAAAAGUGCUCAAGGAUGCCAUUUUUCCUUGUGUCAGCCAUUAUUUCUCUUGGAUUCUUGGUCAUCCACACAUUCUCAAUGAUUAUUGCUUUUAAUGGGUACGACGAGAGAAAGAGAAGUGAUCAAGUAUUUGUCCCAGUUGUUCAUCUGAUUGCUUCUGUAAUGACACUAAUCAAUCUUGCACCUGGGGGCUGCGUAAUUGGUACACCACUAUUAUGCGUCAUGGGUGCAGUGACGUUGCAAUACUGCUGGCAAAUGGUAUGGCGGAGAUUAUCUGAGCAGCAGCAUCGGCAGUUUAGCAGCUAGUGCCUGGCAAUGCUCCUUACAUGUAUCUUCUCAUGUCCAAUUUUAAUAAUCUUUUGUUUGGGGUACUAGGGCAAGAAGUUGUAAACGUAGCGAAUUAGCGAUUAUACCACUAGUGGGAUUCACAUCUUAUGAAAAUUGCAUGCAAUUCAACGUCAUGACUGAGACAUUGAAGCCCAUCUGUUUGGUUGCUCAUGAAAUUUUUCAUUUUCUUC